GCGUGUGGGCUGUGCACCCAGCACGAGUGGCCGUCUGUGUGCCCCCCUUCCAUGCUGCUGCCCCUGAUGCUGGUCCCCCCCCCCGGAUGCUGUGGAGGUGACGCGGCCCUGCGGCGUCUCACUGAGCAACCAUCACUUCUGAGGAAUCCCAGCCUUUCACCUGCCUGGACGGUUCCUCCACCAUCGCCUUUGAGUGGGUCAACGACGACUAUUGCGACUGUCGCGACGGCUCUGACGAACCUGGGCCCUCAGCCUGCCCCAAUGGCCAUUUCCACUGCACCAACGCUGGGUACCAACCCCAGAACAUCCCCUCUGCCCACGUCAAUGAUGGCAUCUGUGACCAUCACUUCUAUGAGGAAUCCCAGCCUUUCACCUGCCUGGACGGUUCCUCCACCAUCGCCUUCAAGUGGGUCAAUGACGACUAUUGCGACUGUCGCGACGGCUCUGACGAACCUGGGACCUCAGCCUGCCCCAAUGGCCAUUUCCACUGCACCAAUGCUGGGUACCGAGCCCAGAUCAUCCCCUCUGCCCACAUCAAUGAUGGCGUCUGUGCCCCCCUUCCAUGCUGCUGCCCCCCCCGGAUGCUGUGGAGGUGACGCGGCCCUGCGGCGUCUCACUGAGCAACCAUCACUUCUGAGGAAUCCCAGCCUUUCACCUGCCUGGACGGUUCCUCCACCAUCGCCUUCAAGUGGGUCAAUGACGACUAUUGCGACUGUCGCGACGGCUCUGACGAACCUGGGACCUCAGCCUGCCCCAAUGGCCAUUUCCACUGCACCAACGCUGGGUACCGAGCCCAGAACAUCCCCUCUGCCCACAUCAAUGAUGGCGUCUGUGACCAUCACUUCUGAGGAAUCCCAGCCUUUCACCUGCCUGGACGGUUCCUCCACCAUCGCCUUUGAGUGGGUCAAUGACGACUAUUGCGACUGUCGCGACGGCUCUGACGAACCUGGGACCUCAGCCUGCCCCAGUGGCCAUUUCCACUGCACCAACGCUGGGUACCGAGCCCAGAACAUCCCCUCUGCCCACGUCAAUGAUGGCGUCUGUGAUGCUGUGGAGGUGAUGCGGCCCUGCAGCGUCUCACUGAGCAACCAUCACUUCUAUGAGGAAUCCCAGCCUUUCACCUGCCUGGACGGUUCCUCCACCAUCGCCUUCAAGUGGGUCAAUGACGACUAUUGCGACUGUCGCGACGGCUCUGACGAACCUGGGACCUCAGCCUGCCCCAAUGGCCAUUUCCACUGCACCAACGCUGGGUACCGACCCCAGCACAUCCCCUCUGCCCACGUCAAUGAUGGCGUCUGUGGUGAGUGGGGGGUCGUUGUGGGAUUUUUUUUACGGGGGGGAGGAGGGGG